AUGGCGCGACCCAGAUCCAUACCGGGAGAUGAUGCGGCAUAUCUGGCGGCCAUGGGCCACAGCCAGGAGCUGAAGCGGAACUUCUCCACCCUGUCGAUGCUGGGACUCGCCUUCGCGAUCCUCAACUCCUGGACCGCGCUCUCGGCGUCGCUGUCCCUCGCGCUCCCGUCGGGCGGUCCCACAUCUGUCAUCUGGGGGCUCAUCACCGCUGGCAUCUGCAACCUCUGUCUGGCCGCCUCCCUGGCGGAGUUCCUGUCUGCGUAUCCCACGGCCGGCGGCCAGUACCAUUGGGUUGCCGUGAUCGCAUGGGAGGCCUGGGUGCCGAUCCUGUCCUGGACGACCGGGUGGAUCAGCGUGUCCGGAUGGAUUGCUCUGACCGCGACGGGCGGCCUGCUGGGCAGCCAGCUGAUCACGGGCAUCAUCGCGUUCAUGAACCCCGGUUACGACGCGCAGAGAUGGCACCAGCUUCUGAUCUACGUUGCAUACACGCUGGUCGCCUUCAUCGUCAAUGCUUUUGCGACGAGGCUGUUGCCGUUGGUCACCAAGGCGGCGUUUAUCUGGUCCAUCUGUGGGUUUACGCUCAUGUCGAUCACUGCACUGGCGUGUGCGUCCCCUGAGUACCAGUCUGGCGAGUUUGUAUAUCGCGCAUUCAUCAACGAGACGGGGUGGCCCGAUGGAAUUGCCUGGCUACUGGGCCUCUUGCAGGGCGCAUUAGCCCUGACCGCCUUCGAUGCUGUUGCGCACAUGAUCGAAGAGAUCCCCCAGCCCAGCGUCAAAGGCCCCAAGAUCAUGAUCGGCUGCGUAGCCAUCAGCGUCCUCACCGGCUUCGUCUUCCUCUCCGUCCUCCUCUUCGUCCUCCGCGACGUCGAAGCCGUCAUCUCCUCACCCGCCGGUCCCAUCCUACAGAUCCUCUACGAUGCAACAGCCAAUCGAGCCGGCUCGGUCUGCCUCCUCAUGUUCCCCGUAAUCUGCCUCCUCUUCGCCACCAUCAGCAUCCUCACACCGCCUCGAGCCGCAUGA